CGCAGUGACAACGCGGCUUACUAGGCUAAAGUCCGUAAGUCUCGCGAGAUCUGGUCCCUCCUUCAUUGAGUUGUUCGAAUCACUUCCGUGGAGCCGUCCUCGUGGUUGCGGGAUGCAUUCAGACGACAUUGUCUGGGACACUCUUGGCAACAGACAGUUCUGCUCAUUUAAGAUCAAGACAAAAACACAGAGCUUUUGCCGGAAUGAAUUCAAUAUCACGGGCCUGUGCAACCGCUCCUCCUGCCCCUUGGCCAACAGCCAGUAUGCAACUAUUAAGGAGGAGAAAGGACAAUGCUACCUGUACAUGAAGACCAUUGAACGGGCUGCUUUCCCCAACCGGCUGUGGGAGCGGGUCCGACUGAGUAAAAACUAUGAGAAAGCACUGGAGGAGAUUGAUGAGAACCUGAUCUACUGGCCCCGCUUCAUCCGGCACAAAUGCAAGCAGCGCUUCACCAAGAUCACACAGUACCUGAUCCGGAUCCGCAAGCUGACGCUGAAGAGACAGAGAAAGCUCGUUCCAUUAAGCAAAAAGAUUGAAAGGCGUGAGAAGAGGAGAGAGGAAAAAGCUCUGGUUGCAGCUCAGCUGGACAAUGCCAUUGAAAAAGAACUGUUGGAGAGACUCAAGCAGGACACGUAUGGCGAUAUCUAUAACUUCCCUAUCCAUGCCUUCGACAAAGCUCUAGAACACCAGGAGGUGGAGAGUGAAAGUGACUCAGAUGUGGAGAAGGAAGAAGAGGAGGAAAAUGAUUCAAAGAGGGAGUUUGUAGAAGUGGAUGAGAGUGAUCUCAGUGACUUUGAGGAUAUGGAUAAACUGGCAACUACCAGUGAUGAAGAUGAGGAAGAGGCUACAUCCAGUGAGGAUGAAGAGAGAGAGAUGGAGCCCAAGUCCAAGGGGAAAACUCCUCUGAAGGGGCCAGCAAGAAGGAAACGAGCUUAUGUCGAAAUAGAGUAUGAGCAGGAAACAGAACCACUGUCAAAAUCAAAAGCAACGUGACUUACCCAACAUUUGUGAACUGUGAUAUACUGUUCGAGGAAAAACUUUUAGCAACUUCAGUGAUGAAAAUACUCAUUCAAAAACAA